CACCUGCUAACGGUGGGUCGCUACACCUACACUUCCGACCAGAGGUUCAGAGCCCUGCACGAGGACGACUCGGACGACUGGGUGCUCAAGAUCAACUACGUACAGACUCGGGACUCCGGAAUGUACGAGUGCCAGAUAUCGACUACACCGCCCAUGUCACACUUCAUACGUCUCAAUGUUGUCAAGCCGUAUACGAGUAUCCUGGGCGGACCGGACAUGUACAUUAACAAGGGGUCGACCAUCAACCUGACUUGUGUAGUGGAGUUUAGUCCGGAGCCACCUGGCUUCAUCUACUGGAACCACAAUAACAAGAUCAUCAGCUACGACUCGACUCGAGGAGGAGUGACGGUGAUCAUCGAGAAAGGAGACGUCACCACCAGUUCGUUGCUCAUUCAGAAGGCGCAGCUGUCAGACUCCGGCCGAUACGACUGCAACCCCUCGAACGCCGCCCCGGCUAACGUCACCGUGCAUGUUCUUAAUGGAGAACACCCGGCGGCGAUGCAGCACGGGGGCCAAGGCACCUACACCUCCUCUUCCCUCAGGAACAUUCUCACGCUCCUGGUGCUCCUUGCCUGCCUCCACACGCUCCUCCAGUAGCUCCUCCGAACACACACACACACACACACACACACACACACACAGCUACAUAACCACUCGAACAAGCCCAUGGCGUCUUCAACAUGCCCAAGGACGUCUCCAACAUACACAAGACAUCUUCAACAUGCCCAAGAACGUCUCCAACAUACCCAAGACAUCUUCAACAUGCCCAAGGACAUCUCCAACAUACACAAGACAUCUUCAACAUGCCCAAGGACGUCUCCAACAUACCCAAGACAUCUUCAACAUGCCCAAGGACGUCUCCAACAUACACAAGACAUCUUCAACAUGCCCAAGAACGUUUCCAACAUACACAAGACAUCUUCAACAUGCCUAAGAACGUCCCCAACAUACACAAGACAUCUUCAGCAUGCCCAAGGACGUCUUCAACAUGCCCAAGAACGUCUCCAACAUAUACAAGACAUCUUCAACAUGCCCAAGAACGUCCCCAACAUACACAAGACAUCUUCAACAUGCCCAAGGACGUCUCCAACAUACACAAGACAUCUUCAACAUGCCCAAGAACGUCCCCAACAUACACAAGACAUCUUCAACAUGCCCAAGAACGUUUCCAACAUACACAAGACAUCUUCAACAUGCCCAAGAACGUCCCCAACAUACACAAGACAUCUUCAACAUGCCCAAGGACGUCUCCAACAUGCCCAAGAACGUCCCCAACAUACCCAAGACAUCUUCAACAUGCCCAAGACACCUGCGGUCCUCUCCAGUAAACCUGAGAAACGCAAAUUAAAUAAGUAAUCCGGACCUUGGCGCGGAGGAGGUUGCAACUCAAGAUGCAGGAAGGUGACAUGUUGGCCCUAAGACACAGAAUACUGGACAGGAUCCUGGCACUGGCCAGGAUUCACAUUCAUUUACGAAACCUGUACAUCUUUUUUCAUUCACGGCGGCUGUGUUUAUCUUAACUAAAGCACUUAGGAAAGCCCCUGGGCAAAUACUGGUUUACAAACAGGGUUUGUUGAUUUACGGAAUAGCUUGAUGGGUAACGUAAUAGACGAGGGAUCACUUGAUUGUUUCAAGCGUAGGAGAGACAUAUAUAUGAAUGAGUUUGGGUUGAUAUAAAUAGGAUCUUCCAUGUAUGGCAGGGUUGUUGUGGAUACGAAUUGUUGUAUGGCUACGUAAAGUGCCACGUAUGGCAAUAUACAUUAAAUUGGCACGAGUGAAUAGUGUACUUAAUGUUUAUGUGAUUAACCAUGGCAGAUUUAUUCAAGAGUUUACAAGCUCUGAGGCCACUACGAAGUAGUUUACACAAUUAAUAUCCUUUGGCAAUGAUGUCUCAAAGCUCGAAAAUUGGUUAAUAUAUGUAAACAACGACUUCUUGAUUGCUAAGAGAGUGAGAGAGAUGUACAGGCUUCGUGAGUGGAUGCGUAAGUGUUUGAAGACUCCAGACCCCAAGUUCCUGAAGUCAGUGACUUUAAGACCGAAACGGGAUAUAUUUAGGGCCCAUGAAUUGGUGAAAGGUCUCCCUUUCGACCUUUUUUCCCCUCGCCAUCAUUGAAGGAAGAAAGGUCUUCCCUCGCCAUCAUUGAAGGAAGAAAGGUGUCUUCCCUCGCUAUCAUUGAAGGCAGAAAGAUCUUCCCUAGCCAUCAUUGAAGGAAGAAAGGUCUUCCCUCGUUAUCAUUGAAGGAAGAAAGGUCUUCCCUCGCGAUCAUUGAAGGAUAAACCGACAAUCUUUUUUUUCCAUCUAGAGUUACGUAAACUGCUUGAAUCGUAAAGCAGUGUUGGAGAAAGUAUCUGGCACUUGAGGGAGUGAAUAUGAGUGAUGGAAUACAUUUCAACAUUCUUUACACUCCAUUCUAUCCAUCUUCCACUCGUUCUUUUCACUACUACUCAUUAUCCCUCAACCACUCAACCAUCCACUAACAACCAUUCAAUUCAACACCACUAUUAACCAACCAGAAAACACUUCAAGAUUAGUUAUUAGCUAACCAGAAAUGCACUUCAAGGAUGGCUAUUAACCCAGAAAUAAAUACUUUAAAUUUGGCUAUUAACCAACUAGAAAUAUUUCAAGGUCACCAUCAGCUCUAUAUGGUGGGUUGUUAGGGGGGUAGAAAUAGCCUAAGCUACUCUAUCCCUUUGAGAUGUAUUUCUUGCUUAUCUCAAUAAACAUACUUGAACUUGAACUUGUGGGCUGUUAACUAAUCAGAAAACUGAUUAGUCAAUGAACUGAUUGAGUUCUUUUGGGUCAUGAAUAUUGCAGAAUGAUGUUAAAAAGAUAAUUGGGAGUGGUGAGGUGUUUUGUAUACAUAUUUCACACAAAACAGACACAUAAACACACACACGCACGCACACACGCACACACACACACGCACGCACACACACACACAUAAUCGAUCAUUUUUUAUAUACCAUUCACAACAGACUACAGUGGAGGAAAACGUUUACAAACUUCAAUAUCACGAAAAUACACAUCAGUUUAUAUCUCGAAAAUUUUCCAAAUUAUUAUAUUUAUAAUGUAAAUAAUGCAUAAUAGAUGUUUAAUGAAAAGCUUGAUAUCUUUUUUUUUACAUGGAAAUUGUACACGAGCAGAACACUGUAGCUAUGUGUGCUAUCUUGUGUAAACAGGAUUGCAACAUAGUGCAUCCAGCAGAUCAUUGCAGUGUACACAUGAGAAUAUUGCAAUGUACAGAUGAUUCCAACACGGUGUACACAAAAUGGCCAAUUGUGUAAAUAGACUUGCCACAUAGUGGACAGAGGAGUCACAAACUAUACACAGGAGCGACUCAUAGUGUACUCAGGAUUGUUAUAUAGGAAUUUAUAGGAUGAAACUUGUGAGCGAGUGAUAAUUACAAUUAGUAAAGAACGGUCAUUACGACUUCAAGGCCAUGGAUGAGGACCAAUGUGUGAAUGUAUCUCAGUGCAAGAAGGCCACAUUGACGACCCGUUCUGAACAUCUCCCAGUGAAACAAAGACGUAAUAACAUACCAAUCCGAAACGUCUUGCAGGGAGACAAGAACGUAACAACGUCCCGUUCAGAACGUCAAAAAUAAGAUGGUAACUUAUUAUAAUGUCACCGUUUCAAGCAAGGACGUAAUACUAAACCCGAUCCAAACGUCUCUCACUGACCGAAGAACCAGAUAUCAGACCUUUACCCUGAAUUUUCCCAUUAGCAAACAACACUAAUCGUUCCCCCCAGCGAACCCUCAAUAGUGAGUGUAAAAGACUGCUGACGUGACGGCGGGACAAUGUAAGUGUAAAAAAAUAAACUUGAUAUGGAAAUAAAGUUAAACUUGAUGUGCAUAAUGGCUGUGUUCAGAGCUUUUUGUAAGGAGCUACGGCAGUCCACUUUCUAAUUUAAGGCAGUCAAUUGAUGGCCAGGUUGAUGAUAAGUGUUGAUUAUAAUGACUCAAUCUCAGCUGGUAAUCAUGAUAUUGAUGAUGAUUUAUGGACUCUACAUUAUUUAAUGAGGAGAACUUUUGUAUUCAAUAUUUCAUAAAUCUCACAAGUGAGGCACCCUGCGGCUGCCUGGCUGAUGUAUGAUGUUUUGUUCUUCUUUUAUUUUAUAUCACUUUGCAAAUAUGUCGACAAGUUUUCUAAUUAAUUAUUUUAUGUUUGUUUACCUUAAUAUAUGUUUGUGUCCCUGCACUCUCGAUAAUUAAUAGUUUUUAAUCCAACAGUGUCACUGUUUAUGUCAUUUAGUAUCAAUUACAUUUUCUCAAAUGAUGUAUUUCACAAAAAUAUGUGAAAAAAGUAUUUUAUGGAAAAUAAACCAUUUUUUUAGUCAAAUGUG